UAUACACAAUUCACCCGCGGAGAGCAAAAAAAAAAAAGACGAAAUUCGCGCGUACCAUCCCGUAAGCUUAGCGUCUCCCCAGCACUUGUUAUCUAAUAAAUCCUGCUUUAUUUUAGUGGUCAGAGUAUGUUUCGCAAUGGUUUGCUGUUGCGUAUGUUUAGCCAGCAGCGUAGCAUACUUCGCCGGUUCUACUGUGUGACCGGGCGGGAGAUACAACCCGCCGACGGUACGCCCUCGUCCUACUUCGGCCUGCUCAAAUCUGCCACCGAUGCGAAGGAGGUGCUCGAAUUCCUGCCCACCAUCAGCCGCACCAAGCAGGACCGUCACGUGUACACACUGCCCGCCCUCAAGACACUGUUCGAGCUGCAGAAAAAUAGCAAAAGCACGCUCCGCUCGGACCAGAUCCUCAAGCAUCCCCGGUUUGCGGAGCUGUGCCAAAAUGUGCGCUUCGAGUCACGCACCUUCCUGAUGAACGACAUUACGGAGUGCUUGAAGAUCCUCACCUAUCUCGGGGUGCACACGAACAGCGAAAUCAUCACGGUGCUGCUGCAGCUGAUACGUCACCAAAUCAAUGAUGUAACGUUGGAUCACAUCGUCUUUCUUAGCUUUAUCCUGAAGAAGCUCGACCGGACGCCGCUGGUCGAGGCGCUGCAGAUCGCCCUGCCGAUGCUGCUGCAGAUCCAGAUCGGCUACAAGCUGGACCACGAAAACGUGCAGCAGCUGGUCGAUCUGCUCGAGUUCGUGUCCCAGCACAAGGUGAACGACCGGACGGUGAUGAACAUCGUGAGUGCGUUGACACUGCACGGCACCAACCUGUCGCCCGAGCAGGCCACCAAUGCGCUCAAAGCGCUGGCCAGCUUUCACAACUUUCUGCCCCAGUACGGGAAGCUGCUGCAGAACGUGUUCGCCGUGCUGGAGCGUGACCUAGACGAGCUGCCGUUCAAAAUGCUGGACUAUGUGCUGAAAAGGGUGCUGGAAAAAAAUCUCGAACAUUACCCAAUGUUCUACCACGAGCCGUUCCUUAAGCGAUGCGCCCAGUACGCGGUCGACCACGACAUAGGGCUGCUGAAUGCGCUCUAUCUGUUGAAAAAGCUGAACAAAAUUUCCUUCCUUCACAUCCCGCUGCUGGAUUACAUUGCCGCGCACGCCGGCAAGCUGUCGAUUGUGCCAACGUCCGGCAUCAUCACGAUAGUGGCCGGCUUUUCCAAUGCCAACUAUCGGCCGCCCGGCUGGGAAACGAUAAAGGAGGAAAUUGCUCGCAAUUCCACCAUUACGACCGGUUCCAUCCCCUGGAUACGCUACAAUCUCGAGCUGCUUUCGCUGGACAUCUUCAAUCCCCAGCUGCUUGCUCACUGGUUGAAUCCGCAGGCGCUGGAAGCAAACAUGGCACGUAAUGUGCUGGUCGACUAUCUGCAGCUCACUGAGCUGGGUCAAACGCUGCGGUUACUGUACGGGGGGCAGUAUCAAGGCGCUUACCCUGCGAAACACUACGUGGAGAAAUCGGUCAUGCUGAUGUUGCAAAACAACGACCAUCCUUUGCUGAAGCCGCUGGAGUUUGCCUUCGGCGGCGAGGAGUACGUGAGCACGCAGGUUGUGACCGAGCAGGGUCAUGUCCUUGACCAUGUGAUCGCUUUCGAUGCGGACGGUAACCCGGUUAAGCAAUGUGUGCCGUCGGUUGAAGGGGCUGGCAUUCGGUUGGAGGACGUACGGCAGCAGGCGAACAAGCUUGUUGCUGUACUGUUUCUACCAAAAAGCUGUUACGCCAUCAACGUCAAUCGAUUGCGAGGACGGUUUGCGCUGCAUGUGAAAACCAUCCAAGCUCUGGGUAUUCCUACUGCCACCGUGUCCCCUGUGAUAUGGGCAAAUCUUCCCGAAUCGGAACGGAUUCCCUUUCUACAGCGCGAGGUUCGAGAUGCACUUCAACAAGCAACGUAAUUUGUACAAAAACCCACCCCACUAGUCCACAUUAACAGUUAAAAGUGUAACUACAGCUGAACAAACGUUACAUGAUGAUGAAUAAAAAGAAAACAAGGUCAAAUUCUAA